GCAAAAGAUAACAUGUCCUCGAAACGUUGAGCAAAAGUGGACCACUGGUUAGGUCGAAGGACUAAAGGGCGAGAGUGAGAAUUCAGUUAUAAAGACUAGAGGUCUAGAGCCUUCACUGAUCAACUCAAUAAUUCUUCCAUAUCGCUGCCAAUAACAAAAAUUAAACAUCAAGAUGGCUCUCGAAGUCUGCGUGAAAGCCGCCGUUGGUGCCCCUGAUAAACUCGGCGACUGCCCGUUCAGCCAAAGGGUUCUUCUCACCCUCGAGGAGAAGAGUCUACCCUACAAAAUUCAUCUGAUCAAUAUCUCCGACAAACCUCAGUGGUUCUUAGACAUUAGUCCUCAAGGGAAAGUACCAGUGCUUAAGAUCGACGGCAAGUGGGUGUCUGAUUCCGACGUCAUCGUCGGUAUUCUCGAGGACAAGUAUCCUGAGCCAUCUCUCAAGACUCCUCCUCGAUUUGCCUCUGUGGGAUCCCAGAUUUUCAGCACUUUCGUGGCUUUCUUGAAGAGCAAAGACUCCCAUGACAGAACCGAACAUGCGUUGCUUCAUGAGCUAGAAGCUCUGGAGAAUCAUCUCAAGACUCAUGAUGGUCCUUUUAUCGCCGGGGAGAGAGUCACCGCGGUGGAUCUAAGCUUAGCACCAAAGCUUUACCAUCUCGAGGUCGCUCUUGGACAUUUCAAAAGCUGGUCUGUCCCAGGCAGCUUGCCACAUGUCCAUAACUACAUGAAAGCUCUGUUCUCUCUCGACUCGUUUGAGAAGACAAAGACCGAGGAGAAGUAUGUGAUUUCGGGAUGGGCUCCAAAGGUCCACCCUUGAAACCAUUAGUGUCCACUUCGCUAUGAGAUUAUUGGUGUGGUAUUGUGGUUUUCAAGGUUCUCUUCUAUAAGCUUAAUAAUGUUCUUGAACCUGUUAUAUUAUGUAUUGUAUCAAUCAAAUAAGCCUCGUUUUCAGACAAGAUCUGCGUCUAAUACCA